AUGGGUAUUCUUAUUGCGGCGGUGGCGGCCGGGCAGCGCUGUCCGUCGGGCGGCUCCGAGGCUUCGCCGGGCGCGGGGCUGUGGGGCAGCUACCUGUGCGAUGCGCCGUGGGGUUUGCUGAGCUCCGCUGUGUUCGCCAUGCGCCGCCUGCUGCCGCGGCCCGACUUCGUGCUCUGGACCGGGGAUGAUACUCCUCAUGUUCCCGAUGAGCAGCUUGGAGAAGAAAAGGUUCUGCACAUCAUUGAAAACCUGACCUCUCUGAUAAAACAGGUAUUUCCAGAUACCAAAGUCUAUGCAGCAAUGGGCAAUCAUGACUUCCACCCCAAGAAUCAGCUUCCAGGGAAGGAGAACAGGAUCUACAACCAAACAGCAGAACUGUGGCGUUCCUGGUUGAAUGAAACUUCUGUUCCUCUGUUCAGAGCAGGAGCUUUCUACAGUGAGAAGCUGCCCAGCUCAGAUACCAGGGGGCGAAUGAUUGUUCUCAACACCAAUCUGUACUAUGACCAGAACAACCAGACUGCUGGUGAGGAAGAUCCCGGAGGGCAGUUCCAGUGGCUGGAGGAAACACUGACCAAUGCCUCUAAAGCAGAAGAAAUGGUCUAUAUUGUGGGUCACAUCCCUCCUGGCUUCUUUGAGAAGAAACGAGGCAAGCCGUGGUUCCGGAGGGAUUUCAAUGAACGAUACUUGAAAAUUGUGCAGAAGCACCACAGAGUGAUUGCUGCCCAGUUUUUUGGACACCAUCACACAGACAGCUUUCGCAUGUUUUACAGCGAUUCAGGUUCCCCAAUCAACGUCAUGUUCUUGGCCCCUGGUGUGACCCCCUGGAAAACAACAUUACCUGGAGUGAACAAUGGAGCCAACAACCCUGGGAUCCGAGUGAUUGAUUAUGAUGCAGACACCCUUCAGGUGCAGGAUGUGGUGACUUACUACCUGAACUUAACUCAUGCCAAUCUGGUGGUCCCAGCAUGGGAGGAGGAAUACCGGCUGACAAGCGCCUUUCAGGUGCCUGAUGGCUCCACGCAUUCCAUGCAGGCAGUGUUGGAAAAGAUAUCCAGGGAUGCAAAGUAUCUGCAGCAAUAUUACGAGUUUAACUCUGUCAAAUACGACCUUACCCUGUGUGGGGAGAGCUGCCGAGUCGACCACGUUUGUGCCAUCAGGGAAAUUGAUUUUACCAGAUAUGAGGAGUGCCUUAAAGCCAACAACUCUACUUCUGCCAUCGUCAGUGUUUGCCUUUUAUUACUCUCUUUGCUCUUAGGGAUCUUUGGUCCCCAGCAAACACUGUAACGACUGAGAGCUCGAGUGAAGAGAGGACAGCUUCACAGUGCACAUGAAUUGGCAGUUGUGAAUGCUUUUGGAAUUGGGAACUUAUUUGGAAACUAAGAAAUAAGCAGUGCUUUGUAGUAAAAGCUCUAUGAUGUUGAUUUGA